AUGUUUUCACAAUUCUCCUUCUCUAUACCGUCUAUCAGGGGGCUCUUCUCCUCGGUUACAGCCGACAGCGACUCUAUUAACUUAGAUCCCGUCGAGAUCCACGAUAUUGAGACAAAUCAACAAAAGUCAGCCCGGGCAUUGAAACAUUUGUUAAAGCUGAACCAUGCGAACUUUUCGAUUCUAUAUCACGAUGACCGCUUCCAUAAUCAUAUGCCCCAUCUGCUAUCCUCCGUAUAUUUGUUUGGCGGUGACGCGGAGCACCUGAACCGUCUCUACGAGGCUGAAGCAAUGGAGUUGGAGCCAUGGCGGGAUUCGCCUGGUGAGAUUUCAGCGGAUGAUUGGAGGGAUUUUUUAGGGAAGACACAAUACCAGAGAGCAUUUGUGGAUUUUUUCGAGGAUGAGCUCGUGCGUCACGGCUACGACUGGAAGAAGAUUGCCGAAAAGUAUCUCUAUUCUGGCAAAAAGCCACUGAUAAACUGCCUUGUCUCAGGCCUUGGGCAUCCACUCAUUCACUUGGGAUAUGCAUACGAAAUGUCAAGCCGAGACGUAGCCAUGGAAUCGCUCUCAAUGGCUGCAACAUGCUACAACGAUCUGCACAAAUAUCUUGAUGAUCCAUCCUACCUGCAAAUUCCCGCUACGUACCAAACCUCUUCCCCUCUAGAAAUACUGCGUAGAAUCCGCACCGAUAAACGUUUCGAUAAUCUCUUUCAGCACCCUGGCGGCGAUAAUCUUGAAACACUCUUUAAACACAAUGAAGAGGCAGUUCUAGAACACUGGCGAGCAUGGUCCAUCACCCCAAACCCUACUGAACAACUUGAAAUCUCUCAACAAGCUGCUGCAGCAAUCUUUGUCGCAUCUGAUACAGAGAUGCACGACUUCUUCCUCGUCCACCUACUCACGACUAGCCAUGCAGUUCGCAUUCUACUCCCCUUCGUUCCGCCAAAGUACCACCUCUCCCUUGUCCGACAGUGGUGGCUAAUUGUAGUGGCAAUUUAUAUCGCACAGCUACGACCCAAAAUAGACACUAACGCGAUUAAAAAUUAUGAAAUAAAGGGGCGCAAUUGGGAUUGGGUAGGUGACCAGUGUAUCAAUGGCAAGUGGGCGGAGAAUACGCAUUACAUAAAGGCACUUCGGGCGCUCAAGGAGGCCGCGAGAACAUGGGGUGACCACGAUGAAUAUUUCAUUAAGGCGGGAGUGAAGCUCGUUGACGAGUUUAAGGGAUUUGAAGGUUUCAGUGAGUAG